AUGUCGGCCCUCAGUGACGCCUCCACGCCGGCCCAGGACGGGCUCCCUCCGUCCAUCGACACUCAGCAUCUCCAACAGCCACAGCUCACCAACGACCUCCAGUCUCAACAGGGCCUGCAGAAUGGUGCUUCACCCACACCGAAUGGUGAGGGCAGUCGGAAACCGAAAGCACCAUCUGUGCGCCGGGCUUGCACCGCCUGCCAUACGGGCAAGACCAGAUGCAGUGAGGUUCUUCCAUGUCAGAGCUGUCUCAAGAGAGGGUUAGGCGCAACGUGCGCAUACCCUGACCCGGACGCUGACAAUCCACAGAAUCAGCCACAAGCCCAACCCGUUGGCUUCGUACCUCCUAUGCCAUAUUCUGCACCACCAAUGCAGAACUUCGGUCACGCACCCUAUUACGACUACAACACCUUCGCCAACACUUCAACCUCGUCAUUUCGACCAAACAAGCGGCCACGAAACCUCACAGAGGAGGAGGCAGCCGCUAUCACCCGUAAUUUCACCCGUGGCGACUUCUUUGUCGGCACAAGUGCCCCAGUUCGCAUCGACCCUCGCCUUCCAGUAAGGCUUACCCUCGCCGAGGGUGAUCAAGUCCAUUUCUCGAUUGGGGAGGCUAUGGUUUAA